CCUGUGCAGCCCGUGUUGCUGCUGGGUGGCGUCUUUUGCGCGGCCGCGUUUUGGAAGACCGCGACACCCCGCUUCACGCACCUCUGCCAAGCUGCACACAGCAGUGGAGCCUCUUGACACGCCCUUCUAGUCCUAAUAGCCCCUUGUUCCGAGCUCAUCAUGUCGAACAACCCCCCGACUGUUUAUAGUCGUGACCAGUUCAUGAAUCCCGGUCCGGCUCCGCGUCCUCCUACCGACCGCCCCCGCCUUGCACUCACACCGAACACCAGCAACCUCCCUGGCAACAUGUCUGGCCUCAGCCUCCAAUCCCCCGGCUUCAACAACUCGUCAACCUCCCUGCUCCAGCGAACGCAGUCCGAAAAGAGCAUGGGCACCUACCAGGUCGUCAAGGAAGGCUGGGCAAAGGUCAAAGAUGAGGGUCUCUUCAAGGGCAUGAUCUGGUCCGACAAAUUUCUUAUACUACGCGAGUUCCAGUUGGAUUUCAUGAAGAGUAACACCUCGCCUAAAGUAUCUUUCACCAUUCAACUCCGCGAUGUCACAAGCGUGACCAGAUCCGAUAACUUCCCAUUUUCUUUCGAGAUUAGUAGGACCACGAACACAUCCAAUGGCGCGUCUCCGCCCCGCGAUGCGCCCACCAAGGUCAUCACUUGCAAAGUGAACACGGACGACGAGGUCUACUCAUGGAUUGAUAGCAUAUAUCAGCGAUGUCCUAGCAUGGGUGGCGUGAGCAAUCCUACCAACUUUACUCACCGGGUUCAUGUUGGCUUCGAUCCUACUACCGGUGCUUUCGUUGGACUGCCUGUUGAAUGGGAGAAGCUUCUCACUGCAUCAGCCAUCACGAAGGACGACUAUGCGAAGAACCCCAAGGCUGUUCUGGAGGUGCUUGAGUUUUACACCGAGAAGCUUGUCAAGCGCGCGGAUGAUCCCGUGUCCUACCCAAGCCUCACUCCUACACCCCCAGUCUCUUCCGGAAAUGAAAAGCAGCUGGGAUACGCCGGCGGCAAUUCCAUUGCUCCCCCGCGACCGACUCCACCAAACGGAUUUUCACGCCAACAGAGCUACAACACGUCUCGGGAGAACAGCCAGACUCCUCCUCCAAAUAAUUACGGAAACGAAAAGACGUCUUAUCAGCAGCAAGCACAAGACAAUGCACGAGCCGAAGAAGAGCGACGUCGGAGGCGAGAGGAGGAGGCGAAACUCCAGCGUGAGCGCGAGCGCGAGCAACAGCGGCGGGAGCAGGAGCGUCGACAGCGUGAAGAAGAUGCGGCGUGGAACGCUUCUCUGCCGAAGACUAAGACUCCGAUCGCCAAACAGGAGAUUGGAGGCGGAGGCUAUACUGAAGAAAGUAGAGAUACGAGCCCGUCAGGGAAUAAUCCUGCUCGGUACAACGCAAGUCGACCCGCCCCAUCGACUCCAGGAACUUCGAGAGAUAGGCAGCAACCGCCAGGCUCUUUGCGCCAGAUGGCGGCUCAGAGGACCGCUCCAUCUGCCCCUACCUCCAAUAGCGCCUACAAGUCCCCGCAAGCUAAGGCCCCUCCAGCUGCGGCCCAGCGUCCGGCUCAGCCUGCUGCUAGGUAUCCAGCCGGAUCUAAUGGACAGUCUGCGCAGGCUCGCGCGCCUAAUGGGAGCACCAACCAGGCAGGUCAGACACGCUUACCUGGAGCUACCGCGCCGAAGCCUUUGAAUGUGGCCAGCAAACAAGCACCGGCCCCUGCAGUUGAUCCCGUGAAGCAAGCUGAAAAGGCGCUCACUAGCAAGAAAGAGGAGCCUGGUCGCAAGGAUGUCCGCAUGUCGAGUAUGUCCGAGAGCGAAGUCAUGAUCAAGCUACGGGAAGUUGUUUCCAAAGACAAACCCUUGGACUCCUACAACAAGCAGAAGAAGAUCGGUCAGGGUGCAUCAGGAUCCGUAUAUGUCGCUCGGAUUCGAGAGAGCGCAACAUCAGAGACCGCAAAGAGAAUCCUUCGAGAGAAUGGGCCCCGCGCCCAGGUGGCCAUCAAACAGAUGGAUCUCCGCAACCAGCCGAGGAAGGAGUUGAUUGUCAACGAAAUCAUCGUCAUGAAGGACAGCAAGCACCCCAACAUCGUCAACUUCUUGGAUGCCUUCCUCCAGGAGGAGCACUCUGAGUUAUGGGUGGUGAUGGAGUUCAUGGAGGGCGGUGCUUUGACUGAUGUCAUUGACAACAACCCGUCGAUCAGCGAGGAUCAGAUUGCUACAAUCUGUUUGGAGACAUGCAAAGGUCUUGAGCAUCUGCACGCUCAGAACAUUAUCCAUCGUGACAUCAAGAGCGACAACGUGCUGCUUGAUGGCCGUGGAAAUGUCAAGAUCACCGAUUUCGGAUUUUGCGCCAAGCUCACGGAGCAGCGAAGCAAGCGUGCCACCAUGGUCGGCACUCCAUACUGGAUGGCGCCCGAAGUCGUCAAGCAGAAGGAGUACGGCAACAAAGUGGACAUCUGGUCGCUAGGCAUCAUGGCCAUCGAGAUGAUCGAGUCUGAACCACCUUACCUGAACGAGGAGCCACUCAAGGCCCUCUACCUCAUUGCUACCAAUGGCACUCCCCGUCUCAAGAAGCCGGACAAACUUUCCAAGGAGCUUAAGGCUUUCCUCAGCGUCUGUCUUUGCGUCGAUGUAAAGUCGAGGGCUAGCGCUAGUGAGCUGAUGAGCCAUGACUUCUUGAGGGGCGGAUGCAGCCUUGCCAGUUUGGCCCAACUGCUCAACUUUAGGAAGAAUGGAAGCCACUAAAAGUCUCGAUCUCAUAGAUACCA